AUGGAGACGGAGGAUUUGAAAACUUCGAACCGAUUCUUUCACAAGUCUUCAUUCAGCAUCAGUAGCCUGCUGUGGAGACGAGAGGGGGUGAUGGGUGAGCAGGAAUCUCCUUCUCCGUCCCAGAAACUGCGCUCUGCUCACCCUGAGAAGUCCAGUCAAGAGGAGAACUUUGACAAAGAGAAGAACUGCGAAAACUCAAAACAGUGCGCCAAAGUAGACGCUAAACCGAUGUCUGCAAAUGGAAAACGAGAAGGGAAUAAAGGGGAUUCAAAGAAAACCGGAGGAGCAGAGGAAAGCGUUAAACCUGAGAAACCUCCUUUUAGUUACAACGCGCUCAUCAUGAUGGCGAUCCGCCAAAGCCCGGAACGACGGCUUACACUCAACGGCAUCUAUGAGUUCAUCAUGGACAACUUUCCGUACUAUCGACAGAACAGACAAGGCUGGCAAAACUCCAUCAGGCACAACCUGAGUCUGAACAAGUGUUUUGUUAAAGUGCCGCGCCACUACGAUGACCCGGGUAAAGGCAACUACUGGAUGCUGGACCCCUGCAGUGAGGAUGUCUUCAUAGGUGGCACAUCGGGAAAACUCCGGCGCAGAGCCGCAGCUGGCUCCAGGACCAAACUCGGUCUCAAGAGGGGAGGAGGUCGCAUGAUGUCCCCCGGCACUGCAACCAGUGUUACCUUGGCUGCAGCGAGUUCGUUUUACUGGCCGGUUCCGCCGUUCCUACCUCUCCAAACACCAGUGCGCACUCACAUCGGCGCAGGGACUUAUCUGAAUGCUCACCCUCGCUUCUCCAACCAUUCUCUGGUUUCACAGCGGGCCCGGCUUAGUGCAAAUGCCGCAGACGCCGACCGGUUCGUGCAGACGCACCAGGAGAUGUCUUACAUUGGAGUGAGUUGCGCGCAAUCCCGUCGCCAUCAGAUUGGCACUGCCUGCACCGCCUUCUCCACAUCCAUCCCUGCCUGCACGCUGCCGCUGUCGGACCCAUGCUCUUUUAACAUGAUCUCCGGACAAGCCAGCUACUUUUACUCCCACCAGAUACCAUGUGCCGCCACGUUUAGUCCGUGCCAAGAGGAGUGCGCCACCUCCAAGACGUCUCCAGGACCGUUUCUAUCCAAGAACGCUCACUCAGACCUCGGGGGAUGCUGUAGUGACUUUCCAAAUUACUGCCCUCAAGUCAGUUCAAGCCCUCCUUCAUCUUGGAAUAUAGAAAAAUAGAAUAACAGUCAUAAUAUUAACAUUGCUGUAGAACUUAGAUAAACAAAUAUGGACAAUAAAAGGCCAAAGCUUCCUGCUCACCCACCAAAUGGACUUUCUUUAAUAUCCCAGUUAAUGAAAACUACUCUGCAAUAUCUGCCAAUAAUUUCUUUGCGUUACAGUGAAGGAUGUCUGAACUGAAAGGAGCAGCGAUAUUAGACUUGCAUUGUUUCAUCAAAAAAAAAAAAUCCUGAUGUGCAGUUUGUGUUAAAUUAAUAAUAAAAAAAUAUAUAAUAAUAACUGACGGAUAAACUAAACGUGCCUCACACACAUAGUAAUCAAAGAAAUGGUUUUCCUACCACACAUUUACAAAAUGUGAAAGAAAAAAAAAAGUAUGCACAUUUUUAAACCACAGUCACUGUAACCAGGGUUAAAUUUAAAAAAUCUGUUAUUGGUCUUUAUCUGCAAGCUGAACGUAUAUUCUUCUUUUCUGAACAAUGUUCACGUUACGUUUUCUCUAUAUGUUCCAAAUAUGCACUUAUCAGUAUCGAAAAGAGAAGUGAUGUUUACGCGCAUGUCACCAUUUUAGGCCUGUUGCCAUGGACUGAAAUCAGAAUGCAAGAGGCCACAAAAAACAAAAAAAAGAAAAACUU